CUCCAGGGCUGGGGUCUCUCGGGGAAGCCGGGGCGGGGCCAGCGAGCCCUCCUGGGCGAAGGGGGCGGUGGCUGUCCCUACGAGGCCCCGCGGAGGGAGGCCGGGCCGGGCGGGGAGCCAGCCAGGGGUUGGGCACCCCCCCGGCGCCGGGGGCAGACGGGCCAAGCGGCAGGAGCUGCGCGAAGGGGCGGGAACACAGGCUAGCGGGUAUCUCUGGCGUCUUUCCCGCAGCAGCGACUCUGCCUCCGCCUGGAGUCCCUCCGCAGCAGCCCUGCCAGCGGGCCCGGGAGAGCCGCCCGCCAGCCCCCUCCGCGGCAUGCCCAGCGCAGGGCUUCUUCUAAGCGCUCCUACCUGGUGGCUAGUGACAGUUUUUUCAGUGCAACAAAUUUAUGGGGGCAAAUAUUCAUAUAUUGGUCCAUGUGGAGGACAAGAUUGUUCAGUUUGCCAGUGCUUUCCUGAAAAGGGAUCAAGAGGUCAGCCUGGUCACCUAGGGGCUCAAGGUCCAAUUGGAUCUUUGGGAUGUACAGGGCCAGCUGGUUUGCAAGGAGAAAAAGGACAGAUUGGUGAGAAUGGGCUGCCUGGGCCCGCUGGAGAAAAGGGUGAUAAGGGCCCAACAGGAGUCCCAGGAUUUCCUGGUUUAGAUGGUGUGCCUGGAUAUCCUGGAAUUGAAGGGUCCAGGGGCAAACCUGGCUUGGAUGGCUGCAAUGGUUCAAGAGGAGAGCCCGGAUUUCCAGGAGAGACAGGGUGUAUUGGACCAAGAGGUUCAUUUGGUGUUCUUGGGCAAAAAGGAGAAAAAGGAAACUCUGCAUAUAUUUCAGAUUUCAUUAGAGGUGCUCCAGGAGCAAGAGGUGAACCGGGCCCCCCUGGCACACCUGGACCUAGAGGAGCUAGGGGACCAAUGGGCCGACAUGGAUUGCCAGGCCAACCAGGCUUGCAGGGAGCUACAGGCCUUCCUGGUUUGCAAGGUGAACAGGGCAAUCCAGGUAUUGGAGUGGAUGGACAAAAGGGGGAGCCGGGUGAUGUUGGACCUCCUGGAUCUCCAGGACAGCCAUUGUUGGUUUGGCCGCCCGGUUCUUUCCUGGUUAAAGGAGAAAAGGGUGUAAAAGGAAUGCCUGGGUUGGUAGGACCCAAAGGAUCACCUGGGCCCAAAGGUGCACCUGGAAAUGGAGAGAAGAGUGAAAAAGGUAUUCCUGGAGUCCCUGGAAUGCAGGGUAGCCCUGGUUCUUGUGGAGCUCGCGGUUUUCCAGGAAUAAAGGGGGAAAGUGGAGUUCCUGGUGUUCCUGGUCAGGCUGGUUAUGCAGGUAUAAAGGGGGAUCGUGGAGAACGAGGGCAACCAGGCCUGCCUGGAGUUUUUGGAACACCACCUGUUGCUAUGAAAGGUCCUCGAGGGGAUCCUGGAUCACCAGGUCCUUCUGGAGAGGAGGGGUUGAUUGGACUAACUGGUCCUCCAGGCCCAUCAGGAAGACCUGGUGAAGAUGGAGCAAGCCUCCCUGGUCUGCCAGGAGCAUGUGGGGAACAAGGUCCUAAAGGUUCUCAAGGGGACCCUGGUCUCCCUGGAACAGCUGAAUCAACUCCAGGAAGACCAGGGUCUCCAGGAGCACCAGGAUUACCAGGAGCACCAGGAAGACAGGGUUUGCCUGGACCACCUGGUAUAGUUUGUCAUGGCAGAGGACUUCGUGGACAGCAAGGAAUAAAAGGCCAAAUGGGACCCCUGGGAAGAAGAGGUGAAAAAGGAGAAAAAGGGAAUCAUGGCCACUGUUCAUGUGACCUUGGUCCUGCUGGCCCACCUGGUAGACGAGGGCCACUUGGUCAUCAAGGAAGGAAAGGACAGAUGGGAUUUCCUGGAAGCUGUGGAGAAAAGGGUGAUCCAGGUUUCUCUGGCACAAUAGGACCAACAGGACUCCCAGGCAAACCUGGUUCUUCUGGAAUAACUGGUGAAAAAGGAGAAAAGGGUGACCUGGCCAGAGUGAAAAUCAAAGGAAUAAAAGGAAAAAGAGGACCUCUGGGGGCUCCAGGGCUUCCAGGCCAAAAAGGUACUGCCGGCAGAGAUGGAGAUCCAGGAUUGCCUGGAGAGAGAGGAAUUCAAGGUGAUGGUGGAUCAGCACUGCCAGGUGAUAAAGGUUUUCUUGGGGCACCAGGACUUCCUGGUUCAAGAGGGCCUAUGGGACCAUCAGGUUUGGGAUUUCCUGGCCCACCGGGAAUCGGGGGUCAUCCUGGAGACCCAGGAAGUACUGGUGUAAGUGGGCUACCUGGUGAAAAGGGUCAAAAAGGUGACAUCCACUGUUAUGUUCCACCAUAUCCUGGAAGUCCAGGCCCUCCAGGUUUUCAAGGGGCUCAAGGACCAAAGGGAUUAAGAGGACACCCGGGUCCUCCUGGGCCAAAUGGCUUUGAUGGGCAAAAGGGUCAACGAGGCAAACCAGGGACAUCAGGUGAUAUAGGGCCAAACGGCUUUCGAGGCAAUGCUGGUGAUCCAGGUGAUGAAGGUGAAAGAGGUUCUUCUCCUGACGGUGCCCCAGGUUUUCCUGGCACUCCUGGACUUGCAGGCCAGAAAGGUGUUCCAGGUGAUACUAGUUACGGUCUUCCAGGAAUUCCAGGCCACAGAGGAUUGCCAGGAUUAUCUGGUUCACAAGGAAUACGAGGUGAAUCAGGUGCUCCUGGGCCACAAGGACAGUCUGGCAGACCAGGAUUUCCAGGUGCUAAAGGUCUGAGAGGCAGAAAAGGUGAAAUAGGCGCUCCAGGCUCACCCGGUCAGCCAUGUGAUAAAGGCUUACAAGGGCCACCAGGACAGCCAGGAGUUCUUGGACAGCGAGGCCCUCCAGGCUUACCAGGUUUUAAAGGUCAGAAAGGAGACAUGGGCCCACCAGGGCCAGCUGGAAUGAAAGGCCUACCAGGAACUCCUGGUGUACCAGGGUCCCCUGGUCCUCCAGGCCCUCGAGGAUAUCCAGGACUUCCUGGGAAUGAUGGAUUACCUGGACUCCCGGGCCAACGAGGUAGCAAAGGCAUCCAAGGCAUCCAAGGUUUCCCAGGAAUCCCAGGAAAAGGAGGACAGACAGGAAUCCCGGGUGGAAAUGGUGAACAAGGAGAAAUGGGUUCAAGGGGGCCUUCUGGAGAAUGUGGGGAUGGAGGGCAAAAAGGUGAAAGAGGUGCUCAAGGAGACAGUGGCUUCAUUACCUUAUGGCUGGAAAAAGGACAAAAGGGAGAACAAGGGCUUCCUGGUGAGGCUGGGUUUCCAGGGGAAACAGGUGAAAAAGGCAGUCCUGGAAUCAGAGGGAUCUCAGGAUUUCCAGGCAAAGAUGGACUCCCAGGAAUUCAGAAGGGUGAACCUGGUGAUAGUGGACAGAUUGGGUUUCCAGGGCUGCCAGGCUUCCCAGGAUCGGCAGGUUUAGGAGGAAUUAGUGGUUUUCAAGGGCAACCGGGUGACCAGGGUGAACGAGGUUUACCGGGAAUUCCUGGAUGUCCAGGGCAUGAUGGUGCAAAAGGACUUAAAGGUAACAGAGGUGACUCGGGCAGUCAACGUGGUCCACCUGGUCAAAGAGGGCCUCCAGGAGAUCAUGGAUCACCAGGACCCUGUGGAUUCCCAGGAGAGCAGGGUUUACCAGGUUUCCAAGGGGAACCUGGAAGACAAGGACCCAAGGGGAUGCCUGGAUCCCCAGGAGCAAAUGGCUUUCCAGGUGCCAUAUGUGAUUCAGGAUUGCCAGGAGUUCCAGGUGAACAAGGUAAUACCGGGCCUUUAGGAGCUGCAGGAUUGCCAGGAUUACCUGGUCCCCCAGGCAGGAAAGGUUUAUCAGGGUUGCCUGGAUUAGAUGGCUUGAAUGGACUGCAAGGUCAAAAGGGCUCACCAGGAGUUCCAGGUCAAAGUGAAAUAGGGCCUUCAGGAUCCACAGGAGCACCUGGACCAAAAGGAGACAAGGGUGAACCUGGACAGCCAGGAGUUUCUCUUCCAGGACCUCCUGGAGACAUGGGUUUGCCAGGACACCCAGGUAGAACAGGAGGUCCUGGGCCUGCGGGACCUGUGGGAAGAUCUCCUGAAACUGCAGCUUCUGGUCCUCCAGGUGAUCAGGGGCCACCUGGCUUACAUGGCAUCAGAGGCCUGCCUGGCCUGCCUGGCCCUCCCGGAAAGACUAUCUUUGUGAAAGGCGAUCCAGGGGAAUUUGGUGUUCCAGGUGCACCCGGUAUUCCUGGCCAGCCAGGGCAGCAAGGAGCCAAAGGCUUUCCAGGAAAUCAAGGAAGAGAAGGCCUGAAAGGUCCGAUGGGAAACCCUGGCCCCCAGGGUCCCCCUGGCCCUUUUGGGCCAUCUGGGGAUCGAGGUUUUCAAGGACAACCUGGCCCUCGAGGUCCUGUGAAUCCUUCAGGUUGCAGAGGUGACCCUGGUGAACCAGGAAAAACAGAACACUCCCCAUGUCCCAAGACACCGGGUCCUCGUGGAGUAAUAGGACAAAGAGGAGCUGAAGGGCCUAUAGGAUUUCCAGGGCCAAUAGGUUACCCUGGACCCCCAGGAAGUAAAGGUGAAGAAGGGUUGUUUGGCUUGCCAGGUCAAGAUGGUUUACCUGGUCCACCAGGACCCUCAGGUAACCAAGGUGUCAUAGGAGAACGAGGAUACACUGGUCCAGAAGGUCCACCUGGCCAAGCUGGGAUCCCAGGACCACCAGCGCCUGAAACUAGAGCUGCUAGUGGAUUCCUGCUCAUUCUUCACAGUCAGUCAGAUAAAGAACCGUUUUGUCCUGAGGGAAUGCCAAGAUUGUGGACAGGAUAUAGUCUGCUGUAUCUGGAAGGACAGGAGAAAGCUCAUAAUCAAGAUCUUGGUCUGGCUGGAUCCUGUCUUCCUGUAUUCAACACCAUGCCAUUUGUCUACUGCAACAUCAACCAAGUUUGUUACUAUGCCAGUCGAAAUGAUAAGUCCUACUGGCUGUCAACUGCUGCUCCUUUACCAAUGAUGCCGCUCUCUGAAGAUGAAAUACAACCCUACAUUAGCAGAUGUGCUGUAUGUGAGGCCUCUGCCCAAGCUGUAGCAGUUCAUAGCCAAGAUCAGUCCAUUCCCCCCUGCCCAUUGAACUGGAGAAGUCUUUGGAUAGGCUAUUCUUUUUUAAUGCACACUGGGUCUGGAGAUCAGGGAGGUGGACAGUCCCUUAUGUCACCUGGAAGUUGCCUUGAAGACUUUAGAUCAGCACCAUUCAUCGAAUGCCAGGGUCAGCGGGGAACAUGCCAUUUUUUUGCUAAUGAAUAUAGCUUCUGGUUAACAAUCGUCAGGCCAGAAUUGCAGUUUGUGUCUGCUCCUCUGUCAGAAACCCUUAAAGAAGGGCAGGAACAGCGCAAAAAAAUCAGCAGAUGUCAGGUCUGCAUGAAGCAUGGCUAAAAGAGAAAACAAACUGAGGAGUUACACUGAGGGACUUGCCGGGGGAAGAAGCAAAUUGUGCUAAAGAUUUAAAUGGUGCUUACUGUCCAAUUUCAAUUGAAGUGUGCACAGCUCUAUUCCAUCUGUUUAAAAGUUUGCUGCCUGUAUAGUACUGAAAGAUAAAAAUGGUGUAUUUUAUUUAUGUAUAUAUACACACACACACGCACACAAGCAUAUGAAUAGUGAAACCUAGUGUAAGUGACCAGCCAAAGGACCAGCAAAAUUAAGUUCUGUUACAUUGUGUUCACCAGCCGAGUGUACAGGCGACAAGUACAGUUUGGUCUUACACUGAAGGUAUAAUCAAGUUGAUCUGGAAUCCUUAGGAAACUUUAAAAUGAGUGCUCACAAUAGCAGAUUUCCUGUUGAUUCUAUGUGUAUCCCUCUAUGAGAUGUAUAAACGUAGUUCUGUCCACACAAUUUCUUACAUAUUUGGUUGAAUUUACACUCAUACAUUUUUAAAUUGUGGGAGGAGAAUGUGAUUUUGUUGCAAACUUCUGCUAGCACAUAGUAAAAACAAACAUGAGAUCAAUGACCAUUUUACUAGUUACAGAACUAACCCAGAUUACAAAAUUAAUUUGCUAAUGAAAUUUCAUAAGCAAUGAAAAGCAAAAUCUUGUCAAAAUAUGCUAAUGGUUGAUUGUUAUGCAAGAAAAUAAACAAACCAGAUAAUGAA